UAAACGUGUCGUAGAAAAUGGCGGAAAUCAUCGUGAAAAACAAACUUAGCCUGAUCAAAUGGCUUAGUUCGGAUCAUGUAAUUCUUUUGCAACAUGUUCAAGUUAAUCAACUUAUACCAACGGCUCAGUAUAGAGAACUGAUGGACAUGACCGGUAAAGACAGAGUCGUUAUCAAACUUCUGGACAUUAUCCUUGGAAAGGGUGAAAAUGUGUGUCGAGAUUUUUUGGAUUUGUUAAAAAAUGAUGAUGUGAAUGAAUUGUAUCCUGAGCUCAGAGAAUGGAUCAAAACAGUGGACACUAAAGACCUGAAAGCAGAAAAAGACUGCAAUAAUGGAGAAAGUGGUAACAGGCCAAAACAAGAGACUGCAACCAUGACAGGACAAUCAGGCACCAAAGUAAGCAGCAAAACCUUUGCAUCUGGUGGCAGCGUUGUAUAUUCGCCUAUCAUAACUGAUGCAAGUCUAGGCCCCAUUGAAAUGAAUAUGACUGUUGCACCCUCUGGCAGAAUUGUCCAGAAACCUGAUAGAGACUGUGAACACAGGCCAAUAAAAGAUUAUCAGAAGUUUCUAAAAAAAAACUUAAGUCUGUUGGUUCAAAACGUGAAGAACAUUGAUCCAAUUAUUGAUGAUCUUGACCUACAUGAUGAAUCAGUUGCAAAUAUGAGAGCGAAGCCAACAGAUCAAGAUAAGAUGAGGAAACUGCUUACCUGUGUGAAUUGUGAAAGCAUUGCUAAGGACCUGUUCAACGCUCUGUGCAAGCAUGAAAAACGUCUAAUGAAUGAACUACUGAACAGCUACUGAAAGUUGUAUUAUUUACCCACCAGAUUAGCAGCAUGUAAAAGUUUUUUUUAAAAGUGAUUGUUCCUGGAGUUUUCCUUUUUUAUAUAAAUUGAGAACCAAGUAUAUUGUACAAACAAGAGUACAUAUGACCAAACAUGUCAGGGAUAUAUAUGCAUUUUACAUAUUAACCUUUUGUAUAGUUUGUACUGCUUUAAAGGUUUUUAUUGUUUCUAAAUAUAAAUAUUUUAAUAUUGAUUUUAAAUUGUUUAAACA